UUUCUUUUGUUAUUGUCACGACCGAACCAAAUCAAACCAAAAUGAUGCAAAAAUCAACUGUUACCAUUUGUUUGACCAUUAUGAUAAUGGCUAUUAUUUUUGUUACAGUAAAUGGUAAUCUUAUAGUGAAAAGUAAUGGUAAAAAACAUAGUGACAUUGUUAUGAUUGGCGAUAAAUGUCAACCAACAAUUAUUAAAUCUGGUGACAAAAAAGGAAAAAAUAGUGAUACUGUUAUCAUGAAUCCUGAAUGUCAUCAUAAAGAGAAAAAAGAAUAUAUUGCCUAUCCUGUUUAUCAUGAAUAUCCAUCAAUUAUUCAUGAAUAUCAUACUGGUUAUGGUUAUGGCCAUGGUUAUGGUGGUGGUGGUGGUGGUAGCAGCCAUGGUAAUGAUUAUGGACAUCAAAGUUAUGGCCAUAAUAAUAAUCAUCAUUAUGGACAAAGUCAUCAAAAUUAUGAACAUCAAUAUGGUAACUAUCAUGGUAUGAUGAUGGAUCCUGGUUAUGGUGAUUAUUAUCGUCGUAAAUAAAUUUAAAAAAAAAAAUAGUCAAUUUUAACCUUUGAAAAAAACUGCUGACCACCAUUUU